AUGCAACUCCUCACCUUCCUCUACCCCCACACUCCUCGCCCUCCUCCUUACACCCUCCCCCAUCUCAGCCGCCGCUCCCAAGAAAGUCCCGAAAAACGCCAUCCUCCUGUCAAACGUCAAAUCCCUCACUCUACGCGAAAAUGCAAAGACAUCACAUCGACGCGCCCAGCCUGCGCACACCAUCACAUAGACAUAAUGCGCUGCACAAACGCCGGCGCAGACUACAACACCGAAGACAUUCAAUGGUCCUGUAGCGCCUCUCUGCCCGCGGACUUCAAACUCGGCUCUACAGACGUAAUUUGCGAGGGCUAUUCCUCGCCUGACGACGAUUACGUCUUAAAAGGAUCGUGUGGCGUCGAGUACCGGCUCCUAUAUACGGAGGCUGGGGAGGAGAAGUACGGUGGUGGAGGCUGGUUCGGUGGAGGGAAAGGGGAGGGAUGGACGAUUGAUGGGAUUAUUUUCACGGUGCUGUUUGUUGCCGUGUUGGUGUGGAUUUGCUGGGCUCUUUAUGCAGGGGUUAGAGAUGCACCUGCGCCUGGGGCGGGGAGGGCGCCGAGAAGGGGUGGAGGUGGAGGUGGAGGAUGGGGAGGUGGUGGGGGAGAUGAUCCGUAUGACCCCCCUCCCCCAUAUCCUGGGAAGCGGUAUGGGGCUACGGAACAGCAGGGCUGGAGGCCCGGGUUCUGGAGCGGAUCGGCAGCUGGGGCCGCGGCUGGGUAUAUGGCUGGUAGAGCGGGGAAUCAGAGACAACCGGAUGUGCAGCAGGGAGGUGGAUGGUUCGGUGGUGGAGGUGGGAGGAACAGCGGCGGGGGAAGUGGUUGGGGAGGUGCUGGUCCUUCACGGAGCGGAUCGAGCUCCAGCUCAUCUCCUAGACAUGAAAGUACAGGGUUUGGAUCAACAUCACGCAGAUAA